AUGAAGCAGUUUGUGGUUUUGGCCGUUCUGGCUGUGAUUGGCGGUUCUCUGGCCGCUCCUCGUCCGGAUGUCAGCCAUCUGGCGGGCUACAGCUACCAGGCUGGUGGCUACAACGGCAACCUGGUGGCCAACCAGGUGAUCACUGCUCCCCUGACCACGGUGGCCACCUCGUAUCAGCCCACGGCCGCUGGCACCAACUACUACAGUUCGUCACCAGCCAUUGGCCAGCUUAAUCUGGGCUCCUCCGGCUCCGCCGGCUCCUCUGGUGUGGUCAACUACCAGGUGGGCAGCUCUGGCUCUGCCAACUACCAAGUGGACUCCUCCUCAUCCUCGGUGAGCGGUGGCAUUGUGAGCGACAGCAUUGGCCUGGCCGGUCUGCAGCCCGGACCCACCAUCAACUACAACGAGCAGGAGUCGUACAUCAGCCACCUGGCCAACUUCCAGCCCGCCCAGAUCAACAAGCACUUCUACAUCCACAGUGCGCCCGAGGAUCACGAUGAGCAGCAGAUCGUGCGCUAUGUGAACGUGGGCAGGCCCCAGAAGAACUACCGUGUGGUCUUCAUCAAUGCACCCACAUCCACCGCCAGCAAGGCCAAGAUCAUUGCCAACGUGGCGCCCGUGGAGGAGAAGACUGCCAUCUAUGUGCUGUCCAAGAAGUCCAAUGCCCUCGAUGUCUCCGCCGAGGUGGUCACUCAGCGCCCUGUGGCCAACAAGCCGGAGGUCUUCUUUGUCAAGUACAAGACUCCUCAGGAGGCGGCUCAUGCCCAGCAGACCAUUCAGGCCAACUAUGAUGCUCUGGGUGGAAGCUCGGAGACCAGCAACGAGGGCGUGAUUCCCGUUUCCUCCGUGAUCGGCAGCCUGGGCGACAAUGGAGCCUCCGGCGUGUUGACCGAUGCCAGCGGCAGCGUGAGCGUCGUGGGCACCGGCGGAGUUCCCACCGUGGAUGCUGGAUCCAGCUACGAUGCCGAGGGUAGCCAGCGCCAGGUGAUCAGCACCGUGACCACCGGCACCAAUGCCCAGGCCACCUAUCUGCCCGUGAGGCCGGUGCGGAAGUAGGUGAAUCAUAGCCUGGAUUCCAGCACAAAGUCCGCAUCCACUGCCAAUGACAUGACACAUGCACACUCCAGCCCUGGAAGAUUCGGACUGGUUGGGAAAACCCCUUGGGUUUGGGGCCCAUUCCAGUGGAAUCUUGUUGGGGAAACCUUUGCGAUUUUUCCUAUUUAGUUUUGCCCUUGGCCCUAAUUCUUAUUAUUUGU